AUGCCGUACUACUUCUGCAUCGUCGGGACGCGCGACAACCUGCUGUACGAGGCGGACUUGAGCGCGCGUGCGCCGAGUGCGCCAGCAGCGACGCGGCCAAGUGGUGAGCAGUCGCGGAAUAGCGGAAUUUUUGGAUUCAGCACCGCCUUUAAUACGUGGACCGCGCCGCUAGCGCGCCAAGGCGCGACGAGUCCUGCGGCGAGCAGCCCUGCCCCCGAGGACAACCGCGGCGCGGCUGCGGACGAGCACCAUAUUUUGCAGAUGAUUGCGCAUGGCUCGCUGGACGUGCUGGAGGACAAGCAGUUUGUGGACAGCUCCGUCUACCUCAAGUCGCUCGACCGCAUCAACGACUGGACCGUUUCUGCGUUCCUGGUGCCUGGCAACGCCAAGUUUAUCAUUCUCCACGAGCACAAACACGAGGAAGGCAUCCGCAACUUUUUGAUGGAUGUGUGGGAGCUCUGGGUCAAGGUCAUGAUGAACCCCUUCCAGGAGCCCAACGACCCGAUCCGCUCGCCCUCCUUUGACACGCGCCUGCGCGCUGCCGCGCGGCGCCAUCUGUAG